AUGGAUCCAGAGUACUUCCAUUCAAGUGAAUUGACAGAGAAGAGCGAUGUUUAUAGUUUUGGAGUGGUUUUAGCGGAGCUUCUUACAGGAGAGCCUGCAAUAUCCUUCGACAGGCCAGAAAAAAAUAGAAGUCUAUCAAUGUACUUCAUAUCUUCGAUGAGGACUGGCAAUGGAAUGCCUAGCAUCAUUCAAAAAAGUCUAGUUAAUGAUGAGAAGAACAUUCAGCAGAUUAAACAAGUAUCUAUGCUGGCAGCAAGGUGUUUACAAAUGACAGGAGACAAAAGGCCAAGUAUGAAGGAAGUAGCCACGGAGCUAGAGGGUUUGAAAGCAAUGGUCGAGCAUCCAUGGUUAGAUAAAGACUCGACAACUGAUCAUACUGAGACCGAGUACCUGCUCAACCAGAGCGUGCUUUCAGACGCUAUUGGAAGCACCAGUUUUGAUCAUAAUUCAAUGGUUGGAUUCGACAACACUAGUAUUCAAAUGACAGGUAAAUUACAAUACAGGUGA